GAGGAGAAAGAGAGGGGGGGAAGAGAAAAGAAAGCUGGGGGGAAGGUGUCUGAGCGGCAGACGCGGGGCGAGCGGCAGCGUUGAGCGCCCCCCGCGCGCUCUCCCCCCCACACUUGGUCUGACGCCGCUCCCGAAUCCCCUCAGAGUAGUUUCUCCUCGCUCUUCCCCCUCCCCCUCAUCCCCCUCCCUCCCCCCGAGGCGGAGGGACUCGCGGCGCUGCUGUGGCGGCGGCGCCGGCGCUGGCGCUGAGAGGACGGGCGGGCGGGCAGGCAGGCCCCCGGCGGCGGGGUCGGCGAGAGCGGGGAGGGACGAGAGCUCGCCGGCUGGCUGGCUCGAGCCCGGCAGUCGUAGGAGCGGGAGGAUUAGGAGCAGCAGCUGCGCCGCCGCCGCAGACUCCCUCCCCGGGCACCGGCGGGGAGAAUGACGGAGCUCCAGUCCGCGCUGCUACUGCGGAGACAGCUGGCAGAGCUCAACAAAAACCCAGUGGAAGGCUUUUCAGCAGGUUUAAUAGAUGACAAUGAUCUCUAUCGAUGGGAAGUUCUCAUUAUUGGGCCUCCAGAUACACUCUACGAAGGCGGUGUCUUCAAGGCUCAUCUUACUUUCCCAAAAGACUAUCCUCUCAGGCCGCCAAAAAUGAAAUUUAUCACAGAAAUAUGGCAUCCAAAUGUUGACAAAAAUGGUGAUGUCUGUAUUUCCAUCCUUCAUGAACCUGGUGAAGACAAGUAUGGCUAUGAGAAACCUGAAGAACGCUGGCUUCCCAUUCAUACAGUGGAAACCAUAAUGAUUAGUGUAAUUUCUAUGCUGGCAGAUCCCAACGGCGAUUCUCCUGCUAACGUUGAUGCAGCGAAAGAAUGGAGGGAAGAUAGAAAUGGAGAAUUUAAAAGAAAAGUUGCCCGCUGUGUAAGAAAAAGCCAAGAAACUGCUUUUGAGUGACACUUAAUUCAGUUAGUAGCUUCACUUUUUUCAGGGUUUCCAAUUGAGGAAUAUGGCACUGUUUUUCCUGCACUCUACCCACCUAUUGCUGGACUUCUGUUUAUACCAAGUUGGCAGACACUGGCAGGAACUGGGCUGCAAUAAAACAUGGCAGUUAUUAAUGCUGACAAGGAGUCUAACAAGUGCCAACAAAGAUUUGUGCAUUUUGAAAACUAAUGGAACUGCUUUAACCUUCAGGAAGAAUUGUAAAGAUGUGUACAUAGCACAACAUGAUCCGGAUAAUAUAUAUACUGUUCAUGUACAUCCACAAAUACACAUUGUACCAAAUAAUGCUGUCCUGUAGUUAGAAUAAGAAUCGUGUAAAUUCUAAAGAUUUUUAGCAGGUUCUUUUCUUCUCCACUCCAAUUCAUGGGGUUCUUUUCUUAUGAGUCUUUAAAAUUUCUCAUGAAGCAUGUUGGACUAAAACAAAUUAGGAUUAAAAAAAUUCCAUUUUAACUUUUCUUUUCAGCCAUUAAAGCUUCAUUAAAAAUCUCACUUUAAUAAAAAAUUUAAUACCUUCGUAACUUCCUUCCCCUCAACUUUUUUUGGGAGUACAUUAAUAAAACAUUGAGAUCUGUUAUUUGAUUCUAAUGAUGACUUGAGCAUUGUCAUUGGGUGAUGCAUUUAUUCCCCUUAUGUUUUUACCUAGCUGCGCUCAUCUUUUGGCUUGGAUGCAGCAAUAAGAUUUACAGCCAUGGAUUACGCUUGAGCCUACUAGUUGUUCCCAAAAGGGCUGAGAGCAUUUGCUUUGAAAGCGGUCAACUAUGUAAGUUUGCCCAAUAUAGGUUGAACCGCUUUUUUAUUUCUUGCCUGAUUUGAAGUUGGAUAAAUAAAAGCAUGCAGAGCUAUAGACUUCAAGUGAGUUCUGGUUUUGCUAUCAUAUACUCUCCCCAUCUCCCCUCUUCUUUUUCCUCCUCCUUUUUGCAUUCUGAUCCCAUACAGAUUUUUCUCACUUAAUGUAUAAAGAGAAAUUGCAAUGUAUAUUUUCAUGUAACUUGAUUUUGGAAUUCUGUCACCUUCUGUAGUGAGUUCUUCCAAAAUAUAAAUUUUUCCAAUA